AAAUAAUUUAUAAACUACAUGUCAUGUAAGCAUGUUCAACCAAAACAAAAAAAGGAUGUGAUGUAAGAUCCCUUUCCAAGUUUACAGCAUUUGAAGUAGAUGAUUUUAACACAUGUGACUGCAUUAACCUGAUGUGAUCAAUGAAGAUUAAUAAUGCAGAAAGAUGAGUUAGUACUUACAGAUGUACAUCUACAGGUCCAAAGUAACCAGUCAAAAGGCUACAAUAUUUCUAGAUUUUACUAUUCUGAAGAUACAAAUACAAAGAAAAAGAAACAGGUUAGUGCAAAAACAACUGGAGAUGGAAAUUUACAUAGAUCAAAACGUGUCAAUGGUUCACUGAAUGAUAUAACACAAGAUAAACAGACUGACAUAACAACUAAAGAUGGAACAGAGGGAGAUGAGAAAACAGAAGAGAAAGAUAAUACUGAAAUGGACAGAGAUAUUGGAGGAAUAGAAAUGUAUAAGGAUGAUAAAUGUAUUGGUGAAGUGAAGACAGAUAAAGAUGUUUGUGAAGUGAAGAAAACUAAAGAUGUUUGUAAAGUGAAGAAAGAUUUAGAUGUUUGUAAAGUGAAGAAAGACUCAGAUGGAGAUGUUGAAGUACAAAGAAGAAAGAGAAAAAUAGAAGAUCUUUCUGUAAUAACAAUUGCACAUAAAAUGGAAACCACUUUGGAGAAUGUUGGGCAACAGAUAUGGUUAGCCAGCUUGUUGAUGGCUGAUUUCAUUAUUUCCCAUAAAGAAGAGUUCCAAGGGAAGAGAAUAUUAGAUCUAGGAGCUGGUGUUGGUCUAACUAGUGUUGUUGCUGCUAUGUAUGCUGAUCAUGUCAUAUCUACAGAUAUAGGGAAGGACAUUAAAGAACUAGCACAACACAACCUGGAUCAAAACAAUGUAAAAGAUGUCACAAACUUUUCUGUGGAAGAAUUUGAUUGGUUUGAAAACAAAUAUUCUGCAGAACAGAAAAUUGAUGAAGUAAAGUUACAGAUGGACCAUGAAGUAGAAUGUGAAAUUGAUUCCUGUGACAUUAUAAUAUCAGCUGAUGUUAUAUAUGAUAACAACAUUACAGACGCCUUAUUUAGAACUGUUUAUGGUCUUAUGUUAAACACAUCCAUAAAUACUUGGUACAUUUCCACCGAAAAAAGAUAUGUUUUCACAUUACAAGACUUAGACAUAGCUUGUCCAGCUUACCAGCACUUCAGAGAAUGUUUGACCCAGUUACAUGACAUGUCUGACCAUGCUCAGUUUACCAUAUCAUGUGAAGAAGAAUUUCCACAAUGUUUCAAGUAUGACAGGACUAAAGAACUUGAGCUUUGGAAAGUUACAAUACUUAGAAAUAGUACUACAAAAUGAUCCAUUACCCAUUACCUGUCUAUAUAGGAGAAAGGAAAGCUGUACCAAGUUGAUUAUCAGUACAAAUUGAGUCUGCUAACAAACAUAUAACUACCAAAGAGACACAAAGUGCUAUGAUUAAAUUUGAGUUAUGGGACUGGUUACCAAUGGAGAGAAAAUACUAUGAGUAAAAUAAAGUGGUGUUAUAAAUGACAAUCAAUAUUAGCAUUGAGCAAGCAGGACCUACAGAAGUGACGGAAGAUAAAUAUUUU